AAUCCGAGAUGCUGCGAACCCUUAUUUUACUAAACGAAGAAAACCACCGGAGCCGCAUCAGGCAAGUCCCUCCCGAUCUUUUUCUCAGACUGAGAUUCUUAAGUGYUGUAGAUUUGAGUGGCACUUGCAUCAUGGAGUUACCAACAUCCAUUGAAAACUUGAAGCAUCUAGCAUUUCUAGACCUCUCCUAUACUCCCAUCACAAUCUUACCAGAUUCCAUAUGUAGCCUCAAUCAUCUCCUAACAUUGAACCUCAGAUAUUGUUCAGAACUUAUUGAGUUACCCAAUAGCAUAUCAAAGAUGUUGAGCCUUCGACAUCUUGAUUUAGAGGGAGCUCGUCAACUAACAUCCAUGCCCCCAAGCAUUGGUAAGUUAACAAACCUAAGAAAAUUGGGCACAUUCGUCGUGGGAAGGGAGGAAGGAUGUAGAAUUGAAGAGUUGAGAAACCUAAACAAGCUUCGAGGAUCACUUGCCAUCUUAAACCUUGAGAAUGUCAUGGAUGGAGACGAAGCUGAAAGAGUGCGUUUACAGGACAAAUGGUACCUUACAAAAUUAGAGUUCCAAUGGAGAAGGGUAGAGUGGGGUGAUAAAGCAAAGCACGUGCUUAGCAAUCUUGAGCCUCCCCCUGAAGUCAAAGAAUUAAAGAUAUUGCAUUACAGUGGUUCCACAUUUCCAGGAUGGUUGAUGUUGAGCAUCUCAGGUUUCUGGUGUCUUACGACAAUCAUCCUUAUCGGUUGCGGGGGGUGUACACAUCUUCCGUCUUUGGGAGAACUUCCAAACCUCACAUCAUUGUGCAUUGAAGAAAUGCAUGCACUAAAAGAAAUAAAUAAUUAUGGGUUGCGUAAAUUUGGGAUUCCAGAGUUUCCAAGGUUGAUGAAACUGGAACUUGAUGGCAUGCACGAAUUGAGGAAGUGGUGGGAAAUAGAAGUGGGUGACAUGCCUCGCCUCCACAAACUUACCAUCACUGACUGCCCCAAGCUCACUACUCUUCCGAUGCUUGAAUGGCUCCCAUCUCUGCGACAUCUAGAAGUUACUCUCUGCCCUAAAAUCUCAUCACUACCAGAUGGAGCACCACCAAAUCUUCGAUCACUAAUUAUCGCGGAGAGCCCAAAACUUGAAAAACGAUGUCGGAAGGGAAAAGGCGAAGAUUGGCAUAAGAUAGCUAGAGUCCCAGAUAUAUGGAUUCAUUACAAACAGAUUUCUGGUAUCAAAACAGAACAUUCUCAAGAUGUUGAGGAGAAUGGCCACACAAUAUUUUUAUUACAGUCCUCAGCAAUAUUAAWCCAAUCAAUAAAGUCAUAAGAUUUGAAUUCGAUUGGAUUUAUACCUCUAUGAAACUCUGGAAAGUCAAUUUAGAGAUUUGUUUCCCACUGCUUAUGAUCACCACUUGCAACUACAGCCACCUUAGUUGCUUGUCUUGAAGAUGAUUAAUAAAAAGUGAAGGAACCUCCAUG